AUGCUCAAAUUUGUAUUACGGCUGUCUGAUACCGCACAAGCGGAUGCAUUAUUCUCGGAAGCAUACGCUUGCCUCGAUCAAGGAUUAUGCUAUGAUGAAGACAAUGAUAGAGAAAAUGCUGCCGCUAUGUACGAACGAGCACUGAAUCUUAUUGCGGAAGCUGAAAAGUCGAAAAAUGCCAAGAAAAGUGAAUUGUACAAGAACCUCAUGGAAGCGAAGCCUAGUGCAGCUCAUCGACUGAAGGUUCUUGAAAAAGAAAUAGCUGAGAACAAAUCGGAGAAAGCUGAAGGUGUCUAUAACGAGAAACAUGAAAAGGAGAAAUCUGAGCUUCGAGAUUGUUUGGAAAGUGUGGGGGAUGCGGAAGCUGAAGUGAUUUUCUCGAUUCCCGACGGGGUUCAACUUUUCACUAUAGACGGAGAUGAGACUACAGUUCCAACGUAUCCAACAUCCCUCCAAAUUCUUCGCUUCAAUAAAAGCGAUUCUGCUUCGAAGCUUCCAAGCGCUCCAGCGGAUGCACUGAUACAGGUUGGCCCAUGGGUUUACCCCUUGGUUAUAGGAAAGACACCCGUGUUACGCAAUGACUUUGGCGCCUAUGUUGUUCCGAAUCCGAUUCAGGAUAAUCCAAACUUGGCUGUUGCCAUUAUUCUGCCGGCUGACGCAGGACCACAAGUUGAGAAGGAAUUCCGUGAGGUUUUGGGACAAUUUGCUGAUUUGCGGGAUCAAAAUCUGAAGAAGGAGCUCUCCGAAGAAGACAAUAAGCGUAUCAGCAAAAAAAUUGCGAAGCUGCUGAUUACCGGUGGUGAGCGCGUGGCUUGGGGAGUGGAGACAGCUGCUGUAAAAGUAACAUCAUACAUAGACGACAGAGGCGAAAAGUAUCGAUCUGGUCUGGCUCCCACUGAAAAGCCCAUGACCAUAAAUCCAGCACUGAAAGGAAGUUUGGUGUACAUGCACAAGGGAUCAAAGCUCGUUGCGAAAUGUACUCGAUAUUUGUUGGACAAAAUUGGAGAUGUGGGAAUAUCCAUCGGGCGGUCGCUAGCAAGUGGUGCGGAAAAGACGUUGGGUAAAGGCACUGGUGGUGGACUCGUGACUGGUACUAUAUCUGUGCUCGGAGGCGGUAUUGUUGGUGUCAGUACAGUGUGGAUGGCUCUUGAAGAUAAUAGCCGUACACUUUGUCGAAAUAUUGCAGAUCAGACUGUGCAAAAUGUCAAGAUAAAGUACGGAGACGAAGCAUCAGAAGCGGCACAUCACGCUCUCUUUGCUGCUGGUCAUAGUUCACUGGCAGCAGCUCAACUGUGGGAUCUCGGACCUCGCAGUAUUGCUGGACGUAUGGCUAGGCGUGCUGGAGUGCAGCUGGUGAGAGAUCUGUCAUGA